ACACCAAAGUUUCCAUGUAAAACAAGGAGGAGGAGAAAGUAGCAGCAGACCAGAAGCAUUGCAAUCAAAAGAGCCAAGGCCACAAACUUGGGAAUCGUAAAAAGAAAAGGAAAAGAGAAAAUUUAUCAAUCAUGAAAAUGGUUCAAGAGGAAAACAUCAGAAAGGGCCCAUGGACAGAGCAAGAGGACUUCAACCUGGUGUGCUUCGUGGGCUUGUUUGGAGACAGACGUUGGGACUUCAUAGCUAAGGUAUCAGGUUUGAACAGAACAGGUAAGAGUUGCAGGUUAAGAUGGGUUAAUUACUUGCACCCUGGCCUCAAAAGAGGCAAGAUGACCCCUCAAGAAGAGCGCCUGGUGCUUGAGCUCCACUCCAAAUGGGGAAAUAGAUGGUCAAGAAUUGCUAGAAAAUUACCUGGGAGGACAGAUAAUGAGAUUAAGAAUUACUGGAGGACUCAUAUGAGGAAGAAGGCACAAGAGAAAAAGAGGGCUGCAUCCCCAUCAUCAUCUUCUUCCAACUGUUCUUCAUCCUCAAACAUCACCUCAACUGAAGGAGGAGCAAGCUUUUAUGACACGGGUGGGCUUGAAAUCAAGGCAUCAUCAGGAGCAAAGAAAACUGGUGGAGAUCAUCAGGAGCAAGAAGAUGAUAAAAAAAGGGACCAAAAGGAGUACUCACUUGAUGAUAUAUGGAAGGAUAUCAAUCUGCCAGAAGUGAACAGUAUUGAACCAGUUUACAAUGGCUAUAGUGAAGAAGCCUGCAACAUUAUUUCUUGCCCAUUAAUGGCUUCUCCAGCACCAUGGGAGUAUUGCUCUGACUCUCUAUGGGAAAUGGAUGAAGAGGAAAGUAAGAUGUUUCUCCCAACUACAAGUGACCAAUUUCUGUCCUGUUUUGAAUAUGGAAAAGCAUCUCUAAUUGGCUGAUUAGGAUUUUAUUUAUUAAGAUUUGUUCAUAUGUGAAAUAGGGUCUUAAGGAAAAGCUCCUCUAACCUGUAUAAUAACAUGGGUAUGAUCUCAGAUGAUCUCUAAGCUCUAUUUUUCUUUCUGAAAUCUGGGUCUGGUCUGCACCAGCCAUCAGCUGCAGAUCACUUGUUUUUAUGCAUUACUUUACUCUAGUUCUUACCAUAUGAUGUUGUUGCUGUGGUAUGUCCAUGGAAGUAUGUUGUAUAUAUGUCUUUUGAGAUUUACUCUUCAAUAUCAAGCUGGUUACCAUCAGAAUUUUUCUUCUU